ACAAGGCUUAAAAUGUUUGAUACUAGCAAAGACUAAAGUCUUUUAAACAUUUUUAGCCUUGUUUGAAAACUUUGUUAUAAAUAUGAAACGAAUUUCAUGGGCAUCUACGUUUAUGUUGUCUAUAUAUGUAGGUAAAUUUGAUAGAUUUUCUGUCUUGAUAUUCAGGUGCUCUUGAAAUUUUUUGAGCAUGUGUUUGAAGGGCCUUGAAAGAAUUACUUCUGACGGGAGAUUAGGAGCGCUUUGCAAUUCUGCCAAGUACUUCGAACACUGAAUCUUGUCAGUUAUGUACGAAUAAAAGGCUAAAACAGUACGCAACCGAGCAGAACACACGCCCCGCUCACACCCCUCUCCCUCCCGCUGAAGAAAGCAGAAAUACAAGGGUUCCAUUACACGUUAGUGCGUGAGUGCGGAAUACAAUUUUCCAGGAAUUCAAAAUACAUAUAUUUUUCAAAAGCGAUCAUUUGUUGCUUGCUAAUACAUUCCUUGAUGAAUUCUGACGAAGAUCAGGUAACAAACUGAGUUCUUUUUCCUCGUCACAAGAGUCCCCGUUCCAAAUUUUGGCCGCGCGGAAACUGAAGCGGAACUUUAUGAAUUGCUUGACAAGGAUUAAAAACCACAAAAUAAGGGAAAAUGAAAAACCGGUAAAAUUUGAACCCAGUGUCUGGUUGCCGCUUUGGGUAUAAGCUGUUCAUUUUAAACAGUUGCACAAUGUGAACGACUGAAGUGUGAGUCUAAUAUGAAUAUAAAUGGUUGUUUCGAAACUGCAAUUUAACUCACGCUCCUCCUCUCCGCUCUGGUGGUCACGCAAUUUCCGUGUAUUCGAUUGCCCACGUCACCGGUCCAGGAGUGCCGCAUUUCGAAAUUCUGCCUGCCUUGUUGAAGGUAAAAGAAAGAUGGAUUCAGGCAGCUUUGAAAAUAUCAGGCGUGCCGUGGAAAAACGAAACCCCAAGAACAAGAAGUUAGACGCAUUGAAGUUGACUCUCGCCUGUUCUUAUGGAAAUCUAUCUGCCGAGCAAGUCGCUCAACUUCUUCCGGAGUUUUCCUUUGAUGAUGACAAAGAAAAAGUUGUCGAGGUUUGUGCUCCGCGGAUGUACAGCAUCACAUGCGAGCAAGCGGCGACCAUAUUACGAGGUUUCUCGUUCGAUAAAUCGAAAAUAAAAGCCUUGGAAGCUAUUGUUUGCCAUAUCACUGACGAUAACUUGGGCGCUUUGGAUAGCGCGUUCCGUUUUGCGAGGGACAGGAAUCGCGCCAAAGAAAUACUGAUGAAUCGAUCGCAACCAGGACCAAAGGUUUACCCUGGUGCUGGACCUCCGCCCGGGGGUUUCCCUGGGAUGGUUCCCCAAGCCGAAGGCUACUUCUCACCAGCACCGUAUCCAAGACCGUCACCUUACCCGGGACAAAGCCCUUAUCCUGGAGCAGGACCAUACGGGGGGAUGUGUCCUCCAGGACAGCCCCCCUAUGCACCAGCAGGCCAAGGGAAGGCCCCGCCACAGUAUCCUACUGAUACAAUGCCACCUUCCACAAGUCAGUUUCCUGGUGGUGCUAUGGGUGCAAUGCAGGGGAUGAUGGAUGCUACAGCUGGUGCAAUGAUGAAGGGAAUGAGUGAUAUGUUUGGACCUGCCCCACAUCAAGGCCAGCAAUAUCCACUACAAGGGGGAAGUUAUCCACCCCCAGGAGGGUAACCCUAGCCGGGGUAUCCAUAUCAACCCCUUACUACUUUUGAUGAGGAAUAUUCUACAAAUCGUUAUUUGUAGUUUAGAGUUCAUGAAGAAUCACUACAGUUUACUAUGAAUCGUAACAUGAUUUGGAACUGACUAGGAGUAAAUAGAUAGAUAGAUAAUCUUUAUUUCAACACGGUUAAAAAUUCGUCAGCUAAAUAAAACUACUAAUAGCCGAGUAAUCCUAUUAAGGGACUGCAGAGACCAUUUUAAGUGGUGGGACUAAAAAAUUUGGGCAAGCAUUAGGGUUCUGCCAUUUAUCAUGUAUCUACAUGUCAUCAUAUUUACAACCUCGAUAUAACAAAAAACUGGGAGAGCUUAAGCCCUAUGGUGAUUUCCUAGCAAAAUGGGACACUUAGAAAAAAUGAUAAGAAUAAAUAACAUAUAAUUCUGCAUAAACCAUUAUGUCAGAAGCAGGCAAAAAAUGAAAAAUAAUGAUUCCUGAUCAGAGAAUAAAAAAUAGAUUUUAAGUACUUGUUUGCAUUUAUGGUUGUGACAUUCAAAUCAAACAGUCAAGAGGCAAAAAGUGGGUCAUGUUCACUUUCCCUGCUGUCUCAACUUUCCCUUGCCUCAACCCAGUACUCCUUUGAGGAUAGACGACUCCAUCAAUUAAUUCAUAUGAAUAAACAUAAUUUGAGCAUAGUAGUCUUUAGUUUAUAAUACAGCAGUUUAUAAGCCAUAAUGGUGUUUGAGUUUCAUGUGAAUAUAUGGUGUCUUAAACCUGUGCCCAAGGGUAAAUCAUAUUUUAGACUCACAUGGUAAUAGUUAGAGCCUUUUCAAACCAAGUUUCCGCAAAGAAAAGGCCACGGGAACGUACUGUUAGGUUGGGCCUUAGCUUUUCACUAGCAGCCCUUUUCUUUUGGAACCAACUUGCCAGAUGAACUUUCAUUAAAAACCUGGCUCUCUAAAUGCUUUUUAAUUAAGCUAUUUAAACAUGCUUUUAAUCUAGUAUAAGUUUUAUUUUGAUUUAUACGUCUAGCUACAUUAAUCUAUGAGAGACAGGUUAUACUAGUUUAGAAAAUUAUCAGUAUUUUUGUAUAGACAGAGUUUUUGUAAAACACGGUUUGAUCACUUUAUUAAAUGAAUUUUUUGCUCUAUAAAUUUAUAUUGUUAACUUCUUAUUACACAGCC